AUGAUCGGCGACGGCGAGGUCCUCGACGGGCCGUUCGGACCGCGCCGCGUCACGUACGCGGACUACACCGCCUCAGGUCGAUCACUAUCGUUUGUCGAAGACUUCAUUCGCCACGAGGUGAUGCCGCUCUACGCGAACACGCACACCGAAACCUCCGGCACCGGCCUGCAAACGACACGCUUCCGCGAGGACGCGCGGAAGAUCAUCAAGGACGCGGUUGGCGGCGACGAUCGCGAUGUCGUGAUCUUCUGCGGCUCCGGCGCUACCGGCGCGAUCAAUAAACUGAUCGACGCGCUCUGUAUUCGGAUCCCGUGUGGGCUCGACGAAAAAUACGGAAUGUCCGAACUCAUUCCGGAGAACGAACGCCCCGUCGUGUUCAUCGGACCGUACGAACACCACAGUAACGAACUGCCGUGGCGCGAAUCGAUCUGCGAGGUCGUGACGAUCCACGAAGACGCCGACGGUAAGAUUGAUCUCGACGAUCUUCGCGCCCGGCUCGAAAAGUAUGCCGACCGCAAAUUGAAGAUCGGAAGCUUCUCUUCGGCCUCGAACGUCACGGGGAUCGGCAGCGACACGCGUGCGGUUGCGGCAAUGCUGCACCAACACGGCGCGCUGUCGUUCUGGGAUUUCGCCGCGGCUGGUCCAUACGUUCAGAUCGAAAUGAACAUGCAGGACGACGAGGACGACGGACACCUCGUCUACAAGGACGCGAUCUUCCUCUCCCAUAAAUGCAUCGGCGGGCCCGGAACGCCGGGCAUCCUGGUCGCGAAGAAACACCUUUUUCAAAACCGCGUUCCGACCCAGCCGGGUGGCGGAACCGUCGCGUACGUGAACACCGAGGAGCACCGUUACCUCGACGACAUCGUCCAGCGCGAAGAGGGCGGCACGCCCGCGAUCAUCGAAUCGAUCCGCGCGGGCUUGGUUUUUCAACUCAAGGAAGCCGUUGGGCACGAGACCAUUCGUGAACGCGAGGGCAGCUUUAUUCGCCGCGCGAUCGAUCGAUGGUCGAAGAAUCCCAACAUCAAGAUCCUCGGCAACCCGGACGCGUGGCGACUAUCAAUCGUGUCGUUCGUCGUGCGCCACAACGAGCAGUUCUUGCACCACAACUUCGUGGUGGCGUUGCUCAACGAUCUAAUGGGCAUUCAAUCCCGCGGCGGCUGUUCGUGCGCGGGCCCGUACGGUCACCGGCUGCUCGGCAUCGACAUCACGCGCUCGAAACAAUUCGAACGUGAAAUCGUCAAAGGCUGCGAAGGUAUCAAACCCGGUUGGGUGCGCGUGAACUUCAACUACUUCAUUAGCGAGACCGUGUUCGAGUUCAUUCUCGAGGCCGUGGAUCUCGUCGCCAACGAAGGGUGGAAACUUCUCCCCCGCUACAACUUCGAUCCGCUGACGGGUGAAUGGCGGCACCGCGAUGGGCAUCCCGAACCGAAGCUCCGCCUUCACGAUCUCGCGUACCGAGGCGGCAAACUUCAGUACCGCGCGCGCCACGCAACCGAGCCCGAGUGGGUGCUCGAGACAUACCUCAAAGACGCACGGCGACUUUCAGGACCUCCGAUGGUUCCCGUUGUCGCGUGA